AUGAACCGCCCGUCGAUAGGAGAUGCAAGUGAAGGUGAAUUACGGCGAGUCGCGACUAUUAUUUCACAAAGGAAGCAAAGUAUUGCACAAGGGUCCACCUCCUCUGAUGUACAAGGUGAUCCCGCCUUGGACGUGCAGAGUGGAAGCUUCGACCCAGUCAAGUGGCUACGCAGCUUCCUCAACAAUUUUCACGAUCAAGAUGGCACACCCAAAAACACGGGAAUCUUAUACAGGAGUCUGGAUGUUUACGGAAGAGGAUCCGCCCUGCAGAUACAACAGACUGUUGGUAGUUACUUCCUGGCUCCCAUGCGAUUCCGCGAACUCCUCAGAUCAAGCAAAAAGCAAGCUAGGCAUAUCCUGCACAACUUUAAUGGAGUUCUCCAGAGUGGCGAGCUUCUCAUUGUGCUCGGACGACCAGGAUCGGGAUGCAGCACUCUCUUGAAAACAAUGUGCGGAGAAUUAUUUGGGCUCCAUAUCGGCGAAGAUUCGAAAGUUCAUUACAACGGCAUUUCACAGGACAGGAUGAUGACGGAAUUCAAGGGAGAGAUUGUUUAUAAUCAGGAAGUACGUGAUGUUGAAAAGCACUUUCCUCACCUUACCGUAGGACAAACACUCGAGUUCGCAUCCCGUUCCCGACUCCCUGUCCGAACCUCUAGUGGAAUGUCUCGAAACGAAUUGAGCAAGCAUUGCGUUCAGAUUGUCAUGGCUGUCCUUGGUCUGAGCCAUACGUACAACACAAAGGUUGGAAACGACUUCAUCCGAGGUGUGUCGGGAGGAGAAAGGAAGCGCGUCAGCAUUGCAGAAAUGAUGCUUUCUGGAUCUCCGUUUUGCGCUUGGGACAACAGCACGCGCGGCCUCGAUUCAGCAACGGCGCUGAAGUUUGUGCAAACCUUGCGCCUAGCGUCCGACUUGGGCGGUUCCGCAAACGCUGUCGCAAUCUACCAGGCCAGUCAGGACAUCUACGAUAUCUUCGACAAGGCUACAGUCCUGUACGAGGGUCGCCAAAUAUACUUUGGGCCGGCCACAGCAGCAAAGUCAUUUUUUGAAAGGCAGGGUUGGCAUUGCCCACAGCGCCAAACAACUGGAGACUUCCUCACGUCCGUCACUAAUCCACAAGAACGGAGGGCUCAAACAGGAAUGGAAGAUAAGGUCCCUCGGACACCCGAAGAAUUUGAGCAACAUUGGCGACGGUCGCCUGAGUACCAAGCUCUCAUGGAAGACAUGCAGGUUUACGAGCGAAAUUAUCCCCCCGGUGGCCAGAACGAGAGCCUGGUCCAACUUCGCAACCAGAAGAACUAUGCUCAGGCAAAGCAUGUUCGCCCCAAAUCUCCCUACACUCUUAGUGUAAUACAACAAAUCGGCUUGUGCACGAAGCGAGCCUACCAGCGUAUCAUGGGAGACAUAGCUGCAACGGCUACCAACAUUCUCAUCAACGUUGUGCUAUCGCUAGUGCUAGGCUCUGUGUUUUUCAACACUCCUGAUGCCACGGUCGGUUUCUCGUCAAAAGGUGCAGUGUUGUUUAUGGGUAUAUUACUUAGCGCACUCAGCACCAUCGCAGAGAUUAACAGUCUCUACGCCCAACGCCCGGUCGUCGAGAAACACGCUUCGUACGCCUUUUAUCAUCCAUGCUGUGAGGCUAUCGCUGGAAUCAUCGCCGAAAUCCCUAUCAAGUUCUGCUCUUCGGUGGUUUUCAACCUGAUCCUCUAUUUCAUGGCUGGCCUACGAAGGGAGCCAGCGCAGUUCUUUAUAUUCUUCCUCAUUACUUACAUCACCACUUUUGUGAUGAGCGCCGCAUUCAGAACCAUGGCUGCCCUUACAAAGACAAUUUCCCAAGCCAUGGCACUUGCAGGUGUUCUUAGCCUAGCGCUUGUCAUGUACACCGGGUACGUCGUCUCAGUGCCUCAGAUGAAGGACUGGUUUUCGUGGAUCCGCUACGUCAACCCCAUUUUCUACGCCUUUGAGAUCUUGAUUGCGAACGAAUUCCACGGACGAGAAUUCACAUGCUCGGAGAUCAUUCCUUCAUACACUCCGCUUGUCGGAGACUCAUGGAUCUGCUCAGCCGUAGGUUCGAUUGCCGGUCGUCGUACUGUGAGUGGAGACGACUACAUUGCAAAAAGCUACCAGUACUACUACUCUCAUGUUUGGCGAAAUUUUGGCAUCCUGCUUGCAUUUUUGUUUGGACUUAUGGGGAUUUACUUUUGGGCAACUGAGUGUAAUUCGAGUACUACCAGCACGGCAGAGGUGCUCGUCUUCCAACGUGGCCAUGUCCCGGAGUAUCUCCAAGAGAACGAUAGCCAAACAGCAACGGAUGAGGAGAAGGGCGCCGAACAUUCACAAACUAAGCCAUCCGAGCCAAGCUCGAGUGUUCAGGCCAUGGAACCUCAGAAGGACAUUUUCACUUGGAGGGACGUCGUCUAUGAUAUUGAAAUCAAGGGAGAGCCCAGACGCUUGUUGGAUCACGUAUCUGGCUGGGUUCAGCCCGGCACACUCACGGCACUAAUGGGUGUCAGUGGCGCUGGAAAGACGACCCUCCUUGAUGUACUGGCACAGCGAACCACGAUGGGUGUCAUCACUGGUGACAUGUUUGUCAAUGGGAAGCCUUUGGAUGCUAGCUUCCAGCGCAAGACAGGUUAUGUUCAGCAACAAGACUUGCAUUUGGACACCGCCACCGUCCGUGAGAGCCUGCGAUUCAGCGCCAUGCUUCGCCAGCCUGCAUCUGUGAGCAUGGAAGAGAAAUAUGAAUUCGUCGAGAAAGUCAUCGACAUGCUAAACAUGGGAGAUUUCGCUAAUGCUAUUGUUGGCAUCCCUGGCGAAGGAUUGAAUGUUGAGCAGCGCAAACUUCUUACUAUUGGCGUCGAACUUGCUGCCAGACCGAAGCUCCUUCUCUUUCUCGAUGAACCUACCAGCGGCCUUGAUUCACAGAGCUCCUGGGCUAUCUGCGCCUUCUUGCGUAAGCUUGCUGACGCUGGUCAAGCGGUACUUUGCACUGUCCACCAGCCAAGCGCUAUCCUGUUCCAGGAAUUUGACCGCCUCCUGUUCCUUGCGCGAGGUGGAAGAACCGUCUACUUUGGAAAGAUUGGAAAGAACUCAAGGACUCUACUGGACUAUUUCGAAUCCAACGGAGCACGCAAGUGCGAGGAUGCUGAAAACCCAGCCGAGUACAUGAUCGAGACAGUGAACAAUGGCCCGCGCGACAAACAGGACUGGCAUGCCAUCUGGAAAGCAAGCCCGGAGCGAUCGGGUGUGGAAGCCGAGAUCGACAGACUCCACGCAGAGAAGGCAAACGAGCCAGUGGCCGUCGAAGCAGAAUCCGGUGAGCAGGCGGAAUUUGCAGCCCCCCUCGCAAGACAAUUCCAGAUUGUGACAAACCGUGUCUUCCAGCAGUACUGGAGGAUGCCCGAAUACGUCCUAUCUAAGUUUGUACUCAGUAUUCUGGGAGGUCUCUUCGUUGGAUUCACAUUCUACGAUGUCAACGCCACUCAGGCAGGGAUGGCCAAUGUAAUGUUCGCCAUCUUUAUGAUUACAGCCCUCUUCUCUACCUUAGUUCAACAGAUCCAACCUCUCUUUGUGACGCAACGUGCGCUAUACGAAGUCCGCGAGCGACCCAGCAAAGCUUAUUCAUGGCGCGCAUUCCUUCUUGCUAAUAUUAUCGUCGAACUUCCCUAUCAAAUCAUCUCCGGAAUCCUUCUCUAUGCUUGCUUCUAUUACCCAGUUGUUGGAGUUCAAGCUUCGGAACGCCAAGUACUUGUACUCCUCUACAGCAUUCAGUUUUUCGUCUUCGCAUCUUCCUUUGCCAGCAUGACGAUAGCUGCAUUACCCGAUACUGUCACGGCAUCUGGAGUCGUCAUCAUGCUUACACUCAUGAGCAUCGUCUUUUGCGGUGUAUUGCAAAGUCCGACCGCGCUGCCCGGAUUCUGGAUCUUCAUGUAUCGCGUUAGCCCCUUUACAUACUGGAUUGGUGGUAUUGUGUCGACAAUGCUGCACUCGAGGCUCGUGGAGUGCUCCCAAGCAGAAACAAUGAUCUUCAGUCCACCUGAGAAUCAGACAUGCGGCCAAUACCUUGCAAGCUUCCUGGAGAGUGCGAUUGGUCAGUUGCAGAAUCCAGACGAUACACAGCACUGCAGAUACUGUUCGGUAACGAUCGCCGACCAGUUCCUUCAGGGCUCGAAGAUAUUCUGGACCGAGCGAUGGCGCAACUUUGGUAUCGUAUGGGCAUACGUUAUCUUCAACAUAUUCGUUGCUGCUUUGACUUACUAUCUCUUCCGCGUCAAGACUUGGGGCAGUUCUGUUUCUAAACCGAAAAAAGACUCCGACAAAAAAGCGCAGACAGCGACCACCCAGACGUCAGAGUAG